UGAAACAGUGUUCAUAAAAAAAGAAAACAAGUAAUCCAAGGUUAAUCUGAUUGCAGCUUUUUGGCUCUGCCUAUCUUGGACCCUUCGGGCAUUACUUUUACAUACUGUUGGAUAAAAUUUUCAAGGGCAAGAAGGAUAAUAAAACUGUUGGCAAGAAGGUUUUGUUGGAGCAACUGACGUCUUCACCGUUGAACAACUUGGUUUUCAUGCUAUACUAUGGAUUAGUCAUCGAGGCAAGGCCAUGGCUUCAAGUGAAGUCCAAGAUCAAGAAGGAAUUUCCAACGGUGCAGUACACAGCAUGGACGUUCUGGCCGGUUGUCGGAUGGGUUAAUCACCAGUAUAUACCGCUGCAUCUUCGUGUUGUUUUUGGAAGUACUGUUGGCUUCUUCUGGGCUAUAUUCAUGAAUCUGAGAGCUAAGUCCAUGGCCAUAAAGAAAAGUUAAGCUUGUGUAACAGCAACAUAUAUGUAUUCUGCAAGUUGUCUCUCCGACGACUAUUAUUGUUGUAUGAUGUGAUUUUAAGUAUGACAAUUUUAAAAUAAACUCUCAACUUUUAUCUUGUGAUUUAUAUGACUCUUCUUUCUUCUUA